CACCUGGGAAUUCACGUCGAAAAAACCCCAUUUCUGUCGACUAAAGUCCGGAACGAAGGUCAUGCGUUGAAAACUUUCGGCGGGACCGGAGCGGAAAAUGUACACGACGGAGCGCAGGCGCAUGAGCUGGCGCGAGCCGAAGAGGAAGGAGCGCCUGUGGAUGUCGGCUGGAAGUUUGUGGCAGGACUCCCUGGUGCUGGAGCUGAGCAGCAGCAGCGUCGCUUCGGGUAAACAGAACAUUUCCCCGCGGAGUCGGACCAGAGCCGUGUCCGUGGCGUACAUCGUGAGCGAGGACGCGUCCGUCCCGCGCACGGAGGAGAACUUGUCCCUGACGUGCCUGAAGGAAGCGUGCGCGGACGCACACGCCUGUUUACAAACCAUUUCGUUUGAGAGGAUAUCGGCGGGAACCACGGACGUCCUGGAUAGUUUCUACAACGCAGAUGUGGCGGUGGUGGAGAUGCGGGACUCCUUCUGCCAGCCGUCCCUCUUCUACCACCUGGCAGUGCGGGAGAGCUUCAGCAUGACCAACAACAUCAUCCUGUACUGCUUCAAGCAGGACGGGGAUCUGCAGGCUCUCAACACCUGCCUGGAGCAGUGUGGGAGUUACACCUUCAUUCCUUACGUGGUGUCGCCUCAGGGCAAAGUGCUAGCCUGCGAUGCUACGAUGAUGUCAUGCAUCAAAGAACUGAUGCAGCCCAGUAUCCAGCUGGAGCCCAUUCUCACUCCGCUGGUGGACAGACUGGUGCACCUGCUGAACAACGUGCACGUUCAGUCCAGCGAAUACUUCCGGGAGUCGGUCAGGCACGAGAUCCGAACGGCACGGGAGCGGUUCAGUGGCAAAGCCCUGAGUGAGGAGCUGAGCCGCAUCCAGCAACGCUUGGACAGUGUCGAUCUGCUCACUCCUGAUAUCGUCCUGAACCUGAUGUUGUCCUAUAGAGAUGUUCAGGACUAUGAUGCCAUGAUUAAAUUGGUGGAAAAUCUGAAUAAUUUGCCCAUGUGUCAGGUGGCAAAACAUCAGAAUAUCAAGUUCCACUACAUAUUUGCUCUGAACAGGAGGAAUCACUCUGGAGAUCGUGAAAAGGCCUUAAAAGAAAUUCUGCCGAUUGUGGAGUCUGGUGAAAAGGUGGCGUCAGAUGUGUACUGUCUGUGUGGACGGAUCUACAAAGACAUGUUCAUGAGCUCAGGGUUCACUGACACCAACAGCAGAGACCAGGCCUGCUACUGGUAUGAAAAAGCGUUUGCGACAGAGCGAACUUUUCACUCGGGUAUCAACAGCGUGGUGCUCCUGAUGGCGGCUGGACACGAAUUUGAGACGUCUAUUGAGCUGCGCAAAAUAGGUGUGACCAUAAGCACACUGCUUGGUAGAAAAGGCAGCUUGGAGAAGAUGAAGGACUACUGGGACGUUGGCUUUUAUCUUGGUGCAAACAUCCUUGCUAAAGAGCACAGGAAGGUCAUUGAAGCGUCAGAGAAGCUCUAUCGAAUCAAGGCCCCCGUUUGGUAUUUGGAGUCCAUCAUGGAGACGUACAUUCUGUACCGUCAGUUUGCUAAACCGCCUGAGGAGAGAUCUCCCAAACAAGAUAUAGUGGACUUCUGGUUGGAGCUGCUUUUGCAGUCCUGCAAACCCACCGUCUCAACAAAACGCUGCCCAGUGCUCAUUCUGGAGCCGAGUAAAGUCCUCCAGCCGGCUGUUGUGAGUGUGAGUGAGGAGGACGUGAGCCGCACUGUUCAGCUGAAGCAUGUCACACCUUUAAAGAAAGGUUUACACCAGUGGACUUUUCCAGCAACUGCGAUUCGGGGAGUGAGUGUGUCAAAGAUUGAUGAGCGGAGCUGCUUUCUGUACGUCCACUACAACUCUGAUGACUUCCAGCUUUGCUUCCCCACUGAGAAUCAUUGCAAUGGUUUCUGUGAUUCAGUGAACUCCCUGCUCCACCAGGCUGAAGACUCAACUCAGGACCCACAGCAACAAAGUGAGGAAAUACCCGAGUACAUUUACGAGACCAAUGAGACCGGCAAUAAGGUGGUUCUCGGGAAGGGGACGUAUGGUGUGGUGUAUGCUGGGAGGGACCUGAGCAACCAAGUCCGCAUCGCCAUCAAGGAGAUCCCCGAGAAGGACAGCACAUACUCCCAGCCCCUUCAUGAGGAAAUAGCUCUGCACAAAAGGCUCAAACACAGGAAUAUUGUUCAGUAUCUCGGCUCAGUCAGUCAGGACGGUUUCAUCAAGAUCUUCAUGGAAGAAGUACCCGGAGGCAGUUUGUCGUCUCUUCUACAUGCUAAAUGGGGUCCUCUAAAAGACAAUGAGCCCACCAUCAUCUUCUACACCAAGCAGAUCCUCGAAGGGCUCAAAUACCUGCACGAUAAUCAGAUCGUCCACAGAGACAUUAAGGGGGACAAUGUGCUGAUUAACACCUACAGUGGAGUGCUGAAGAUCUCAGACUUUGGAACAUCGAAGCGACUAGCAGGGAUUAACCCGUGCACCGAAACCUUCACUGGGACUCUUCAGUACAUGGCUCCAGAGAUUAUAGACCAAGGACCUCGAGGUUAUGGGAAGCCUGCAGACAUCUGGUCCCUGGGGUGCACGAUUAUAGAAAUGGCAACAGGCAAAACACCCUUUCAUGAGCUGGGAAGUCCUCAGGCAGCCAUGUUUAAGGUUGGCAUGUUUAAGAUCCACCCAAAUGUUCCGGAGUGCAUGUCCGAUCAGGCCAAGGGCUUCAUCAUGCGGUGCUUCGAGCCAAAUCCAGACCACAGAGCCACGGCUGCAGAGCUGCUCAUGGACGCCUUCCUCAGGUCGUCUCCCAGGAAGAAGCCUAAAACUCAGCAGGAGUUUGAACCUAAAGAUUCAGACCAUGCCGCUGAUUAUCACCGUAGCUUGUCUGUGCCCAUCUCCAUCCUUGUGGAGGACACUGAAUUGUACUCGGGCCCUGUUGACUUGGCUUGUUCGCUGGACCUCAGAAGGCACCAGUCAGCCCUCAGAGUGGAUGACGUCUCCCAAAGCCCCCCCUCCACCAACAGCUUUCUGUCAAUACCCGACGACUCAGCGUUAGACAUGUGCAGUCCAGCCUCGACGGAGGAGAGUAUCGGACUUUUCAUGCUGCGCAAGGAUAGCGAGAGGAGAGCGACGCUCCACAGGAUUCUCACAGAUGACAUCAACCAUGUCGUCUCUAAUAUACAAGAGUCUUUGCCUCAGAAUGAUGAGGGGUCAUCACUGAAUGCAGACCACAUCGUCAGCCUUAUCACCUGUUUGCGGGACAACAUCCAGUCUCCAGACAGAAAGCAGCUGACCUCUGGCCUUCUGGAUCUUCGCUCUGCUCUUUUAGCUGCAGCAAUACCUUUGAACAGCCUGCAGGUGGUGCUCUUUAACUUCCAGGAUGCAGUGAAGAAGGUGUUGAAGCAACAACUGGUGAAGCCUCACUGGAUGUUUGCUCUGGACAACCUGCUGAGACAGGCAGUUCAGGAUGCCAUAACUGUCCUACUACCAGAGCUGAAACUCCAUCUGCAGUCGUCGUUUGAGGCCGAAGACCUCAACUCGGACAAGCAGGCCGCAGAUCCAAGUCCUCCGGUAGUUUCAGUUCCUGACCAGCUGGUGGCGCCAGCAGGACUUGUAUCUGGGCAUGGGUCUCCAGUCAGUUCUACCUCCUCUACUGAUGUCAUCAUUGUCAGCACCUCUGCCAUCAGCGAGAAACUGAGGGCCGUGCGAAAAGAGACCAGCAGGCUGUUGGAGCAGCUGAGUGAGAAGGAGCGAGAGUACCAGGAGCUGCUGAGGAGCUCCGUCCAGAGGAAACAGGAACUGAUCGAUGCACUGAGGAGAUCAGCUGCCGAAGGUGAGUUGUCCUCGAAGAAGUUCUUGAAUGUAGAGAUAAGAAGUUUGGUUCACUGGCUCAAGUCUGUCCCGGUGGAUCAGGACACUAUUGAUAAGUUGCUCUCUCAUCAGUUCACCUUGGACUGUCUCCUCAACAUGGCCUCCAGGGACGACCUGAUGUACUGCGGCUUAAGAGGCGCCAUGCUGUGUCGAGUCUGGACGGCCAUGACGGCUCACAGGAGAACCCGUCUUAGCACGCACAAGGAGGAAGGCGAGGACACUCACCUCUAAUGGCUGCUGAUGCUGUGCAUCAAAGGACAGCUUCACUGACAGGCGGGUCCUGUCUGAUCUGCAGGAAACCAAGCGUCACACAAAGCAGGAAGGCUAUUACUAUCUGUGAAUGUAGUUUUACUUCUUUUUUUUAAUUUCACUGAC